AUGCUCCUUUACGAUUUCCUUACUCAACUGCCCUCGAUGUCUACAAUAUCGAAGGGUGUCAGUACUCUAUCCUCCACCAUAGUGGGUUAUAUCGUUCCUGCGGUUUUGUCUUGGCUAUUUAUAUACGCAACUUAUCAAAUCUUCCUUCAUCCUCUCCAUCGAUACCCCGGCCCACUUGCCGCUAAACUCACAGAUGCCUACAGUGGCUUCUACGCCUUCCAAAGGCGGCUUCAUCUGAAAACAUGGCAGAACCAGCGGGCGUAUGGCACGGUGGUGAGGCAGGGUCCGAAUAAGCUCGUCUUUAGUACAAUCAAGGCUAUACAAGAUAUAUACAAGAAUGAUCGGACUACGAAGCCUGAAGCUUACAUUGCUCUAGGGCCUGCUUUAACUGUAGCUGCCACCCUAACUGCCAGAGACCGGCAUGUUCACCGAUAUAAGCGACAGUUAGUAGGUCAAGCUCUUUCGGAACGGUUUAUGCGGAUAUUCGAACCUACCAUGAUAAACCAAGUCGAUUUGUUUAUCACAUAUCUGCUUCAAUCGGCAAAGGAAUCCAUUCCCGUCAACAUAACCGAGCGAUCUAAAUACCUUAGCUUCAAUCUCGCCGGACUUCUCGGCUUCGGAUACGAUUUCGGUAUGCAGACUAGCGAAGAGAACAAGUUCAUGCCCAUGAUGCUCGAGGCCGGGGAAUACUGGAGCAACAUCUUCUUUCAGUGGCCUAACACUCGCAAGUUCCGACUCGGAUUGGUAUUCGUCCAAGUUCUGCGCCAGACGAGAGGGAAAUACCUCGCCUUGGUAGAGAAGAUGAUAACCUCUCGUACCAAGCAGGAAAAGGAUGCUCAGCAGGACCUUUACUCGAUCCUUGCAGGUUCAUUAGACACUGGUGCCGGGGGUCUCCGGCAGAGCGAGCUUUGGGCCGAGGCAAAUCUCUUCUUGCCAGGAGCCGGAGAUACGACAAAAACGGCGCUAAGCAGCAUAUUCUUCUACCUAUCGCGGAACCCCGACUGCUACGAGAAACUCGCUCACGAGAUCCGGUCGACUUUCAAGGACGGAAGCGAGAUCCGGGGUCCGGCCUUGGCAGGGUGUCACUACCUCCGAGCCUGCAUCGAUGAAGCCCUACGAAUGUCGCCGCCAGCCCCCGGAAUUCUCUGGCGGGAUCUUCACCCUGGCAAUGACGACCUGCCUUUCAUCGUCGACGGACAUGUAAUCCCUCGGGGUACCACAGUCGGCGUGAACAUCUACUCCAUCCAUCACAACGAAGAGUACUUCCCGGACCCGUUUAGCUUCCAUCCGGAACGAUGGUUAGACGACUCCGCAACGCCGGAGAGAAAAAAGAUCAUGCGCGAGGCUUUCAUUCCGUUUUCCCUUGGACCACGUGGUUGCGCGGGAAAAGCCAUGGCGUACUUGGAGGUUUCUCUCGUUGUUGCCAAGACGUUGUGGUACUUCGACUUCGGCCGAGCGCCGGGCGGUCUCGGUGAGAUAGGGGCUGGGGCGCCGGGUAUGGGUCACGGAAGAGAGAGGCAGGGGGAGUUCCAGCUAUUUGAUACUUUCACCGCAAGUCACGAUGGGCCGUACCUAGCAUUCCGGAGUCGUGAUGGUCUGUUUAGCUAA